CAGAGGGGGGGGAGACUGCUCAGUCAGGCAAAGGAAGGGAUGACAGAGAUAAUGGAAGGAAGGAGAGAGAGAAAGUGACAGGGGGAGGAGGACAGAGACAGACAGGACUAGCACCGGACAGGGUGGGAAAAUAGAAAGAGAGGCAUCCAGGGCGAUGGGGAGAGCGAAGGAUCUGCAGGGAGUGAGUUUUUAGAGAGAUACAGCCAGAGAUACUGUCUCCAGCAGGGAGUGGGUUUAUACAGAGAUACUGUCUCCCUGGGAUACAGCAGGUAUACACUGCAUUGCGUUGGGAGGACACAGCCUGGAAAUCCCUCAGCAAGAGACGGUUACCUGCCCUGGGUGUCUCAGUGACAGCCGCCUGCACCUGGCAUCCCUCAGCACCACCAGCCCAGCAGUCUGCAGAGGCCAGCAAAGAGAAGGGGCACAGAGAGGAUUGUGAGAAGCUACCUCUCCUUCAGUGAAAAAAGAUCUUCGUGUAACACUGGAUUUAAACCCCAAUGCCAAGUUCUACAUUCUGGUAAUCUCAGUCAGCUAAGGAGACGGGAAGAGUGGGUGGGACACCUUCGUCCAUUUCAAGCUAAAAUUAGGCACCCUGGAAGGGUCAGCUGAGAGAUCGAGUAACAUCGUCUAGAAGAGAAUUAAGAAAGGGAAGGUAGAAGAACGAAGACGAGAGAAGACAACAAGUACUGGAGAAAACAAGGAAGGAGGGGAGGCUUUGUGGGGUGGCAUAUGGAUCCAGUGUAGGAAGAAAAGAGAUAGACAAACAUUAAAAGGGUGACAGCAGCCUGUCAGGGGAUUUGAAACAAAUCAGUUUGGAAUAAAAAGCAACAAAACCGAGAAUGGGAGGAGAGAAACAAUGUAGAAGAUAAAGACUUAAUAUAUUAACAAAGAAAACGAACUCCAAGACAGAGCGAUAAACAAAGCGAAGGAGUAUAACAAGGAGUGUGUGACUUGGUGCCAAUUUGGCCACGCAAGGAAGACCUCGGUGGUACAGGACACAGGACAAGACAUGGACUCUUGGUCGAGAUUUCUACUCUGUCUCAUGACAGUGAGCUGCUGCUGGGCAGGCUGCGUGGAGGUGGACUCUGAGACCGAAGCCGUUUUGGGGCAUGAAUUUAAGAUCCGGUGUAUUUCAUGUAAAAAACGAGGAGAGACAACAGCGGUAACGUUCGUUGAAUGGUUGUUCAAAGAAAAGGGGACAGAAGAAUAUGACCGGAUUUAUAUAUAUAACUAUCCGCAAGACGAUGUCCUUGAUGAACGUUUUAAGGGCCGUCUGGUUUGGAAUGGAAGCAAGAAUACAGAAGAUAUACAAGAUAUGUCAGUCAUUAUAACCAACGUCUCUUACAGUCAUCACGGGGACUACAUUUGUAAAGUAAACCGAACACUCACAUUCAACAGCCAUGAAUACAAUACCAACGUCACCAAAUUUAUCAACGUGACAGUGGUGGCCAAAGCAAACAGAGAUAUUGCAUCCAUUGUGUCGGAGAUCAUGAUGUAUGUUCUGAUCGUCGUUCUGACCAUCUGGCUGGUAGCAGAAAUGAUUUAUUGUUAUAGGAAGAUUGCCGCGGCUGGUGAAGAAGCCGUUCCAGAAAAUGCCUCAGACUACUUAGCAAUAACAUCGGACAGUAAAGACAAUUGCUUGGGAGAGCAACCACAAGUAUAGAUUGUGGCAGAGAGUGACUCAGGGUAGCAGUCAGACGAGCGAGGAAGAAGAAGGUAGCCUCGCGAUAUUGCCACUGCUGGGUGUAUCGAAAACUGUAAUGGGUCACAAAUCGAACCGAUUCCUAUGGCCAAACCCUUUCAUCCAUAGGAAUCCCGCGAAAGAUGUCAUUUUCAGUUUUUUUUUACAUUGUCAUCAAACUUGCUGCUUCUGAUCCCCAUUGCCGACUUCCUUGUGCGAAUAUUAUCAAUCGGAUCGAAAAAUCCUUCUUUAAACUAAUCGUUUUGUUUCCCCAUUCCGGCAAUGUAGGGGAAAAAUGCCAAUAUCAAAGAGGCUUCCAGAAAAAGUGGAACAAUUUUAUAAUUACACAUUUCUGUUUUAUUUUAGCAUGAUUUAAUUACCUUUUAUAAUUGUCUUUCGCUGGAGAUGGGAUAUGAAUUGAGGGGUAACUGCGUAUCACGUACACCUAUUUUCACAUUUAGUAAUUGCUAAUUAGUUUGCUCUGAUUAAGUUUCAGAAAUUGUGAAAUAAUGGCCGGCACUUUACCUGAGGGCUAAUACUGACUUUACAAGAAUCAUUAGAGCAAUGAAACUGUCUAUAAUGUGGUGAUAUUUCUUUAAACAAAAUGUCUGUAUUCAAUAUUUAAUUUUUAUUAUUUUCAUUUAGAAUGCUCCUCCCGGCUGGAGAUUCCCCCUAUGUGAACCUAAAAACACACACAAUGGGCAGCCACUAGAAAAAUGAACUCGUGGUGGCUACUGCCUUGUGUUUUGAUGAGUACUCUAUGCACCAAAUAUUGAAUUUUGGGACAAGUAGGAUAAGGAGAUGGGUUUAUAUAGGAAAAUAUUCUUUAAAAAUAAAGAUUAACAAAUGUGAAAAUAAGUGGACAGCUUUUGAUGCUCACUUGGUUCUUUUGUAGAUGUUAUUAAAUUUCUGGUAAUCUAAAAUGUACGGCACGAUCUUCACGUUCUCUAAACACUGCACAAAUAUCUGACUCUAUUUAUUCUGCCCGGGAUGUCUGCGUAAUAUUGCUGAGCAACAUGUAGCAGACUGCCCUGGAAUUCAAUCAGUUAAACAAACAACAACCCAGAUUUCUUAAGCUUUAACAAUAUGACCUAUGGCGGCAAUAAGGCACUGCAGGGAAAGGCUUCUCAUUGCCCCUAGGAUGGUGUUCUGUUUUGUUGACCCAACUCCUGAACUGCACUCGGUCUGUGAAACUUGUGGGUGAAGGGGUUUAAAGACUUUUUAACAAAGCAUGUUAUUUAUUUUUUAAUACAGAAUAAAACAAAGAUAAAUUAGAUUAUAUUAUGUAUGAUCGGAUGAGGAAGUUUUGGCCCGGACGCCUUCCCUAUCAGACUUGACCGGUUGUCUAGGUGAUCUUUGCAGAACAUCACCCAGACUUAUGGUUUCAUUGAAAUAAAGAGACCGAUGAUCCUCAGAAAAGAUCAAUUCACGAUGAGAUGCUCGAUAGGCCUGUAUACGAGGAUGCCAUACAGGGACGGUGGAGGAUAAGUAUCAGCAGGAUGUAGAACAGAUACAACAUAUCGAAAGGCAAACCAUUAAGGAGCAGGAAGCUGUCUUGGACAUUUCGUCCCUAUGGACACCAACAUCCCGAGAGUCAUCGAUAUCACCUAAAUUCUGGACCGAUGGUUGUUGCCUGGAUUGAAAAGUCCUGCUGUAGCAUUCUUCAGUGUUUUUAUUCCGAGAGAAAUGUUCGACAAUCCCUUAGGUGAAGAUUCACCAUCACUGUGGAUAGCCAUCAUGGCACUAAUAUUCAGCCGUCUCCUCACACAGCUUGUCUUUUUUACAGGCGGUGGGGAUAAAGCACCGACGAGCCAUGUCUCCCCCUACUCAAUAUUAAAGGAAUAUACAUAUUCUAACAAUGAAAAGACACAAAGGAAUUUAUAUCUUGUCUUCUGAACAAAACGCAGCUUCUCUGAUCUCUGGAGGAAAUCCCGUUAUUAAAGCCGGCUCUUUGACAUUGCGGAGACACUUUGUAGCUGGUGGGCUCAGUGUUCAUUGUGCGCACCACGUGGUCCUGAUAGCUAUGACAAAACUCCAACACUGCUUUCAGAAACACAAUUCUACAAACUGAAUUAUUUAUCUGUGAAUUAUUUUCAGAGGUGUGGGAAGCAGCGAAUUGUGCAGUAAUUAAAACCCUUUGAGAAAAAUUGAUUAAUAUUCCUUUAAGUGCCUCCGAGCUGUGAGUCCCAUAGGGAAGGUGUCAUGGUCGGAAUAAAACUUUCUCAGUAGCAUAUUGUUUAGUAGGGCUACCGCGUAGCCGAAAUUAAGUAAGUACAAUGCAUGCUGGAAUUUCUUGUACCAACAAUGGCUGCAGCCUUGCAUAGCAAGCUUCUACUGUCCUAUAUUGUGCCUGCUUUUUAACCCUUCCUGACCCAGUCAGCGCUUGUUCAGGUUUCAGCCUGGGAACGAAGGUGUUAAAUAUAUCUGUCUGUCUGUCUGUCUGUUUUCACCCGCAAACCCCUAUGUGCUACGCCUUGCUGUAAAAUUUCCUUUUCCCUUUUGCUCCUGGUCUAUGUUGUUUUUCAUUUAAUAUUUGCAACAACAAAAUCUAUCUAAUUUUUUGGAAUGGGCUGAAAUUGGUUUGCGGUUCUAUUUGAUUGGAAAACAAUAAAGAUAUUAAAUCACUA